UCUCUCACGUAUAAACAAUAGGGAGGAGAGAAAGAUUUGAUCUUUCAGUUCAGUUUUUAGGAGGGAAAAUCCAAAACCCCCACCUUCCCUUCCCUUAAAAGAGUCUGAUUCAUUGCUUAACAGAGAGGUAGAGAGACAGAGGGGGACCCCAAGAUAAAUCUUUUCUGAGCAGAAAUCCUUGUUAUAAAUAGAGUUUGAGUUUGAGCCAUUGAAGAGAAAGAAAGCAGAGGAAGGAAAGGGAAAACAAAAAAAAAAAAAACUAGAGUUAGGGGAAGAAAGAAAGAAUGUUUGCAGCGGAGAACGGACUGAAAGGAGACCCAAGGCUUCAAGCCAUAUCUGAUGCCAUUAGGGUGGUUCCUCACUUCCCAAAACAAGGGAUUAUGUUCCAGGACAUAACAACGUUGUUGCUGGAUCACAAGGCGUUCAAGGAUACCGUCGACAUCUUUGUCGAUCGCUACAGAGACAUGGGUGUUUCUGUCGUUGCUGGAGUUGAAGCCAGAGGAUUCAUGUUUGGUCCAUCCAUUGCCUUGGCCAUUGGUGCAAAGUUUGUUCCUCUUCGGAAACCCAAAAAGUUACCAGGUGAAGUAAUUGCUGAAGCUUACGAGCUGGAGUAUGGAACUGACUGUUUGGAGAUGCACGUUGAAGCUGUUCACCCGGGAGAACGUGCUAUAGUAAUCGAUGACCUGGUAGCAACAGGGGGAACUCUGUCAGCAGCCAUACGACUCCUAGAACGUGUUGGAGCUGAAGUGGUUGAAUGCGCUUGCGUUAUCGGGCUCCGCGAGGUCCAGGGACAGCGUAGGCUCGAUGGAAAGCCGCUUUAUAUUCUUGUGGAGCCACGUGAAGUAGAUGGCUGUUAUUAAGAUAAAUGAUGAUGAUGAUGAUGCAUGAGAGCAAUGGGUUUGCUGGUUAUAUAUUUCUCUUCUAAUUGUUGGGCAAAUGAGUGCCCCUCACAAGGCUCAUUUUGUAUGAUUCUUUCUUUUUCUUGUGAGAUUUGUGCAAUCUUUUUCCCUAGGCAUGAAAUUAUGUUUUCCAUCCACAUUUGUGAACAAAGCAUCAAUGAAGAAAUGCUGUUUCUCCA